AUGUGUCAACGGUAUCAUUUCCAGGAAGAGAUAGAUAAUUUAAAGAAACAUGGCAAGGUUAACAAGAAAAGUAGACUCACCUCGUUGAAUCCCUUUCUUGAUUCAGACAACAUCUUGAGAGUCGGUGGCCGUUUGCAAAAGGCUACACUGGAAAAUGACACGAAGCAUCCCAUAUUGAUUCCUCAAGGUUCGCACUUCACGAAAUUAUUGAUAGUCGACGCACAUCAGAAAUUGUUGCAUGGUGGCCCUCAAUUAACGGCCAACUAUCUCAGAUCCAAAUAUUGGAUCAUCAAUGCAAAGAGCCUCAUUCGGCAGUGCGUCUGGAAGUGCGUAGUUUGCGCUCGUCAUUCCGCAAGGUCUAGACAACAGAUGAUGGGGCAAUUACCGGAGGCGCGAGUAACACCUAGCCGUCCUUUCUUACGAAGUGGAGUGGAUUAUGCCGGUCCCAUCAGCAUUCGUCCUUCCAAGGGUCGUGGUUAUCACUCCACGAAGGGCUACAUCUGUUUGUUUGUCUGCAUGGCUACGAAAGCUAUUCACCUUGAAGUAGUCAGCGAUAUGACAUCUCAAGCCUUCUUAGCGGCAUUUAAGCGCUUCGUAGCCAGGCGAGGACAUGUAGCAGAAAUCUGGAGUGAUAACGGGACCACGUUCAUUGGUAGUGCGAAGGAAUUGAAUGUGUUAUUCAAUGUUGAAAGAUCUGGCCUAGCAAGUGAAAUUGCCGAUUGGUGUGCUACAAACGGUACAGAGUGGCACUUUAUACCUCCACAUUCUCCAAAUUUUGGAGGAUUGUGGGAGGCAGGAGUGAAGUCUACCAAACACCAUCUCCGGAGAAUAGUAGGUAAUAGCACACUGACGUUCGAAGAGAUGACCACCCUUUUGGCUCAGAUUGAAGCCUGUUUAAAUUCAAGGCCCAUCUCCCAGUUACCGACAUACCCGGAUGAUCCAUACCCUCUGACCCCUGGUCAUUUUUUAAUAGGAGAACCACUAGUUGUGGUCCCUGAUAGGAACUAUGAGGACUCAAAUGUCUCCUCAUUGAAGAGGUGGCAUCUUAUGCAGCGCAUGCUUCAAGACUUUUGGCGUAGAUGGUCACAGGAGUAUCUUAAUCAGUUACAACAUCGGUACAAAUGGACAGAUCAGGUUUCGGAACCCAAAGUAGGCGAUGUUGUGCUUAUUCGUGAAGAUGAUCUUCCACCGGCAAAGUGGCUUUUUGGCGUUAUCGAUAAGAAGCAUACUGGUUUGGACAACCUUACGAGGGUUGUUAGCAUGGCGCUGUACCGUUUAAGUGCCCACUAUAGGUUUGCCUCGUUGUUAUGA